UGCUGAUGGGCGGCGGACGGGGCCAAUACCCGCCCGGGGCGGGGUGAGAGCCGAGGGCGGGCCCGGCCAUGUCCCCGCUACCCGAGGCGGAGCUGGUGCGCAGCUCGGUGCAGCUGUACCGGUACCUGCUCCGCUGCUGCCGCCGCCUGCCGCCCGGCCCCAUCCGCCAGCACUACCGGCACGCCAUCAGACAGAGUUUCAAAGUCCAUGCUGAUGAAGAUGAUCCUGAGCGAAUCCAGCAGAUCAUUAAGAGAGCCAUUGAAGAUGCUGACUGGGUGAUGAAUAAAAUGUCUUCAGACAAUUUACAUGAACUUCCAGAACUACAGCUGCUUUUCCUCAGACCUUGCCCAUGGCUGCAGAGAUCAGGGACAGACCACACAAGGGCAGAGCUGUGGUGCUGAGCUCCCCUGUGCUGUCAGACUGGUUUCUCAGUAUAAAAGCCAGGAGUAGAAGAGGAAGGAUGAAACCAAGAAGGACAUUGGUAAACAGCCUUAGAGGACUUGCAGUGAAGUUCCGUACUAUACUGAAUUAUUGCCUGAAGUUUUCUCUUGGAUAAUAUAAAUACAAUAAUUGAUAUUUCA